CUAAUUGCCUCUGCUUUGCUGAUGCUGAUCCAUCCAGUAAUUCCGACGAGCGCGCUUUAUUCACCUUUAAUUUAUGCGGAUAAAUUCGGGCGACUUUAAAAACAAUUUCGAAUUGUUUCGGUUUUACAUAAUUGUGGCAAUUUUCCAAGAGUGUAUUUUUAAAUUGGAAAAAAGUGUUGUAUCCCUUAACUUUCUACUAACGUAGUUUUUUUUGGGCCAAUCCUUCAAACCAGCGAAAAAGGACCACGGCUUUCGCGACGAACUUUGGAGAGCCCAGCGCGCAGAAAAUGCCCCCAACGAUAAGGAUGAUGUCUGAACCGCAGCCGUCUCUUUCAACGCGGUCCUUUCCAGCGGGCGAGUACCCAAGCUUUCAUCAAACGGUAACGCCGACAUGGAAUCAGUACCUCAAUUUUCAUAGCAACAUAGAAAAAUACCAACCGAAGCUUUUGUCGCCCACUUGGAAUCCUAUUACUUCGUCUUUCGUCCAGUACCGAUAUCCGUAUUACGGUCAGCACGAUAUAGAUGACAUCACCACAAAAUUGUCCGAAUUCAAUUUACUAGAAACUCGUCACAACGUAAAGAAACCUCCAUCGAACUAUCUGUGCCAUUUGUGUUUUGAACAAGGGCACUACAUUAAGGAUUGCGCACAGGCCCGGCCGAAAGGUGAAGGCAAAACUCCGUAUCAAGGUCGAAAACGAUGCUUUGGAGAGUACACAUGUCCCAAAUGUAAACGGAAGUGGAUGUCUGGAAAUUCAUGGGCCAACAUGGGUCAGGAAUGCAUCAAAUGUCAUAUCAAUGUAUAUCCGCAUAAACAGCGUUCAUUAGAAAAACCGGACGGAUUGGACGUCUCCGACCAAUCGAAGGUGCACCCCCAAAAUUUAUGCGAAAAAUGCAAGGAGCUGGGCUAUUACUGUAGAAAAGUACAUACCUCAUAAAAGAUUGCAAUUCCACUAUCGUUAUCCAGUAGGUACCUACGCUUUUAAGACGGAUGGCAAUUGUACUUUAUUUUAUUUUUUAUUCUAAUUUCAAAUGUUAUGUCUUUAAGUAGGUUUAAGUGUUAAAUUGUAACAUUUUUAAAUUUUAUAAAUAGGUACUUAUUAUUAUUCCUUCCAGUAGCACUUAUAAUGUAUUAUUUUGUAUUAUU